GGGAAUUUUACCAAGAUCUUGGGAAAUUGAUACCAAUCUUGGGAACUUGGAGAAAAAUAGAACAUAAAACUUAAAAGGGCAAACCUGUAAAACUUCUGUUAAGAAAGCAAGAGACAUUAGCUGUCAUCAUAGUCACUGUGCAAGAUGGCAGAGACCACUCCUCCGUCUCUGACACCAAUCAACAUGGACGUCCAUCCCCAGGAGGCUGAGGUCACAACAACAGAGGGUGCUGUUGAGGUUCAAGAGGUCGUCUCCGACGAAGGAGUCUACAUCACCCCCGAGAUGGCGACCCGUGUAACCUUCCAGCAGGAGGGCGUAUCUAUCUUAAGCUGCGAUGGGUCAAGAGACACCAGUCAGGUUCCGCAGGUCGAGCACAUCACUGAAAUUAUCAUCCCAUCUUCAGAGUUUGAGUCCAAGCCGGAAGGUGAAGAUGUCUUUAGAGCUGAUCUACCUAACAACAUGCCCGAGGCUGGGGAGACUUUUCCUGUUGAUAUCCCAAUGGCUGAAAGUAUCAUCAACUGCCCCGUGGAGCAGCAACAACCUACAGAUGGCUUUGCACAACAAGUUGAGACCAUCUUUCCUUCACAAUCAGAUGCAGGUUCUGAAAUGAAAGACGCCAUCGAUGGAGUGGAAGCAGAAGGACCCAGGAAUAGUAGUCAAGCCCCUCCAUCUCAGCAGAUUGACCCUAUCGAUGCCCUUGGCACACCAGCGGAGACACCAGAGAGUGAACCCCAGACUCUCGAGCAGACUCAAAAUCCCUCUGACAUUGUGCUUCAAGAUACUGAGCAGCCGCAGGAUAGUGCUGAAACCACGUUGGACAAUGCAAACGAAGAGCCUGACCAACAGGAUGAAGGCCCCAGUGUGCCAGACCUGAUCUUUGUCUGUGUUCACGGACAGACUUUCCGCUGUAAACCCCAGACCGGCACCCCCAUCAAAAGCCCUCCUAAGGAAGAACCAGUUAACUCUUGCGCUUGUAGUAAGUCGAAGAAGACAGCCCAGAGUAAACCAGCAGCAGACUCUCAAAAUAGCAGAUCAACGAGGAAGCUCCGUAACAGACGGCAGAAUUUUUACUGCGAUAGGUGUGAUGAGACAUUCACCCAGAAAUCUUCCUUUGAGCACCACAAGGCGUCUCACGAUGAUGAAGAGGAUGAUGAGGAGGCAGCAAUGGAGGAGGAAUUAUUGGAAGUGGGUGAAGAGACAAGUCUGACUGAGACUACCACCCAGAAGUCUCCAAGUGGACGAGUGCAAACAAGAAGCCUAAAGAAGAAAGACCGCCAAGAAAAACUCUGUCCAGAUUGUGGAAAGCUCUUCAGAACUGACAAGGCACUGCAGACGCAUAAAAGACAGCAUGAGAGAGAAAAUUGUAAGGAGGAUGGCGGGGAGAACUCCCCGACUAAGGAUGGGAAACAACGGAACCUGUCCUGUACCACUUGCAACAAGACAUUUACCAGGAUGUAUGAUGUUGAACGCCACAUGGAGACGCACAUUGACGGCGAUCGUAGGAAGUGCCGGUCUUGCGCGAAAUCAUUUCAGACCAUCAAGAGCAGGGAGAGACAUGAGACCUUGCACUGUGACACUAAAAGGCAGAACAAGUGCGAGACCUGUGAUGUGGUGUUUGGCAGCAAGUUCAAGCUGCUCCGUCACGAGCGCGAACACCUAACCUCAGAGGAGAUUGAGAAUCUGUCCUGCAAGACUUGCUCAAAAGUGUUCACCAAUGCAAACAGCCUGCUGCGUCAUGAGAAACUUCACCUCAAAGAGCAGGGUGCCACGAUCACCUGUUUGCACUGUCCUGAGACUUUCGACGACCGAUUUACUUUUAACACUCACAAAAAGACGCACACUGUUAAAGCCUAUCAGUGUGACCUGUGCAGCAUGAAGUUUAAGCACGAGUACCUCUUGAACAUUCAUAUGAAGCGUUUGACGUGCCAAAAGAAGCGAGAAAGCCUAUGCGAUGUGCAGUGCAAACUCUGCCAGAAGAUUGUCAAGGGAACGGCCACACUGAAGCGUCACAUGCGUACUCACACCAAAGAGAAACCAUAUCCGUGCCGCAUUGGAUGCGGGUCUGCCUUUUCCAGCACCAGCAACAGGCUGAGCCACGAGCGUAUGUAUUGUAAAAUGAGCCCGAGCUACCUCUGUCCCCACUGUGGAGAAGUCCUAUCCAACCAGGCGAGGUUGAUAUACCACGAAAGCAAGUACCAUGGUAUAGGGCCUGUUGUUGCUGGACAGCGAACACAGACCACAGAGUUUCCGUGCAGAUUCUGCGGGAAAGUCUUCUUCUUCAAGGGAGGCCGAAAGCGUCACGAGCGCAUCCACACUGAUGAGAAACCAUACAUGUGUCAGUUUUGCCCUAAGGCCUUCGUCCACGCUAGCGCUUUGGUUUGCCACGAGCGUGUCCACACCAAAGCGAGACCGUACAAAUGCGACGAGUGCGGCAAAGCGUUCUCACAAGCGACUCACCUUAAGACACACACCCGGGUCCACACUAAAGAGAAACCGUACAAGUGUCGCUUGUGCGAUAAAUCCUUCUCCCACAUGGGCACGCGGAAGAGCCAUGAGGGAACCCAUAAGAACGUGGACCCCGGAGUGCAAGCAGAUGAUCCCAUGGUCCAAAGAGUUAACGAGUUCCAGAUAACCCAGCAGGACCAACAAGGGAUUCCUGCCGAGAUUAAAGUUGUUCACCAUGAAGUACCCGUUCAACACAAGCUCCACGCGAGUCACCAUGAACAUGAGGUGCAGGCAGCUGAUGUGAUCUUGCAGUUACUCGAGAGUGGGAGUCGAGUCCCGAACUUUGAGGGGUUUGUGCACCUUGCGCCAUCUUAAGAGCAAAGGAACUUUGUGUUAAUCAAAAUGAGCAUCUAGGAUCCUUUUAAGGGGGGUUCCUUUCUGCUAAUCAGACGUAUGUAAAAAUGUUCAGUUCCAGUUCUAAGGGCUCGUCAAAAGUUUUUGUUUCAUAAGUGUUUGGGUACUUUUUGUACGACGCAAAAUUCAAAGUAAAUCGAACCCAUCCUCUACAUACAUGUAUGUAGUUUUCAUUUCAACAAACACAUCAUACAACCUGUGAAGAUUUUAUCAAAAUUGCCAAACGAUUUAGGUGCUCCCUUGGGAUAUUUUGCACAUCAUAUUGAGCUUCUUUAGAUUGUGGCAAUCAAAAUAUGUAAUAUUAGUGAAAUCUGGUUUGAUUUUUGUAAUUUUGUGAGAUUAGAUUGAAAAACAGCUUGUUUUCUUUCUUUUGUUAAAUAUAACUGACUACUGACGAAUCCUGUGCUUUGUCCUUUACACAAAUUUGAAUCUUUUUCUUACUUUAUUGUUAUGUACAUGUAUAUUUCAAGGAACAUUACAGAAUUGGU